AGGCGGAAUAAUUUGAGGUAGGGAAACAUACACAAAGCAGCGGACUAUCAAGGCAUCACAAAAAUGACAUCGGCAACAGCAACAGCGGUGGCUCCGUUGAAGCAAAUCAAACAUGACAGCACUGUUGACAUCCAGAUACCGGUACAGCGAAAGGACGUGAAGGAGGUGGUCGCACAGUGGCGCGUACCCAUCCGCGGCAAAUUAUAUCAGAUUGAGUUUGAGCACGGAACAACAAGUGGAAAACGUGUAAUUUGGGUCGAUGGCAAGGAAAUUUUACGACGAGAUUGGAUGUUCAAGUUAGUGGGCGAGGACAUUUUCUUCUUGGAGGAAGGCAAACGUUGCAUAAUUCGCGUGGAUCCGUUGCCGGGAUUUAAGUACAAUUAUUUGCUCUUUGUCGAUGGCAAGUCCUACGAGCAAUACACGGAAUCGCUCUCGAAGGCGCUAAAAACGUGGGAAAUAACGCUCAACGAGGUGCCAUAUCGCGUGGUUUUGGAGAAAGAUACGUUGAAUGUCUACUUGAACGGCUAUUUGAGAUCCGAAACGGCUGAGUUCAUAGAUGGAGGCACCGAGACUGAAUUUGAACAAGAUGCGCAUGUGUUCAAAUUAACCGCCACUACAAGUGGCAACAAACGCGAGGGAAUCGUACACACACUCACUGUCGAUGGAAUUCAAGUGCCUUUAAUAUCAGAUCUUAAUAUGAAUGAUAAGAAAUAAAAGACGGAAAAUGCGUAAAAGUGUUCCUCCUCGCUGUACAAUUUUUUUUUAUUAUUAUUAUUCCCCUUUUUCAUGUUUCUGUUUAUUAUGUUUGUGCGUUGUUGUCUGUCGUCCUUCGUUGACGUCGUCCUCGUCGUCGUCAGUUGUAAUAAUAAAAAGGAUACAGAUAACUUUUGUGAUAAGACCCUUAAAAAAAUAUG